UCCCCUCCUCCCGGGGCGCCGUUUUGGUUCCGGGGCAGCGGCUCCUUCCUGCGGGAGGGCGGUGCAGGCUGUGCCCGGCCCGGCCCGGCCCGGCUCGGCCCGGCGGCCGCAGCAUGUGAGCCCGCGGGGCGGGGAUGCUCUGGCUGCUCUGCGGCCCCUGCGGCGCCAUGGACAGCCAGGCGCUCGUCAUCCGCAUCAAGAUCCCCGACGGAGCCGCCGUGGACUGGACCGUGCACUCCGCGCCGCAGCUGCUCUUCAGGGAUGUGCUGGAUGUCAUUGGUCAAGUUCUGCCAGAUGCAACGACCACAGCAUUUGAGUAUGAGGAUGAGGACGGGGACCGGAUCACGGUCAGGAGCGACGAGGAGAUGAAGGCCAUGCUGUCCUAUUAUUACUCCACUGUGAUGGAGCAGCAAGUGAAUGGACAACUGAUAGAGCCCCUGCAGAUCUACCCCCGAGCCUGCAAACCUCCUGGGAAACGGAACAUACAUGGCCUCAAGGUGAACACGCGGGCGGGGGCCGGCAGCGGCGCCUCGGCCGCCUCCGAGGCCCUCCCCAGCAACAGCUUGAAGAAGUCCUCUGCAGAGCUGAAGAAGAUCCUUGCCAAUGGCCAGAUGAAUGAACAAGACAUUCGAUACCGAGACAUCCUCGGCCACGGCAACGGCGGCACCGUCUACAAGGCUUACCAUGUCCGUAGUGGAAAAAUCCUGGCAGUGAAGGUCAUACCCUUGGAUAUAACACUGGAGCUCCAGAAGCAGAUCAUGUCAGAGUUAGAAAUUCUUUACAAGUGUGACUCCUCGUAUAUCAUAGGAUUUUAUGGUGCUUUUUUUGUAGAAAACAGGAUUUCAUUGUGCACAGAGUUCAUGGAUGGGGGGUCUCUGGAUGUUUAUAGAAAAAUUCCAGAACACGUUCUCGGAAGGAUAGCGGUGGCUGUUGUGAAAGGCCUGACCUAUUUAUGGAGUCUGAAGAUUUUACACAGAGAUGUGAAGCCCUCCAAUAUGUUGGUGAACACGCGGGGCCAGGUGAAGCUCUGUGACUUUGGGGUCAGCACCCAGCUGGUGAAUUCCAUAGCCAAGACGUAUGUUGGAACAAAUGCUUAUAUGGCGCCUGAGAGGAUUUCAGGAGAACAGUACGGGAUUCACUCGGAUGUUUGGAGCCUGGGGAUUUCCUUCAUGGAGCUUGCUCUUGGGAGGUUUCCAUAUCCUCAGAUUCAGAAAAACCAGGGAUCUUUAAUGCCUCUCCAGUUAUUGCAGUGCAUUGUUGAUGAGGAAUCGCCGGUGCUUCCAGCCGGGGAGUUCUCGGAGCCAUUUGUGCACUUCAUCACUCAAUGCAUGAAGAAGCAGCCAAAGGAAAGGCCAGCACCUGAAGAUUUAAUGGGCCACCCCUUUGUGGUGCAGUACAACGAUGGCAAUGCCGAGGUGGUGUCCAUGUGGGUGUGCAGGAUGCUGGAGGAGCGGCGAGCCCAGGGACCCCAGUGAGCUCUGCAGCACCCCGAGAGCUCUGCCCACACCAGGAUCUCCACCUUUGGACUCUCAGUUUAUCCAGAUCGUAUUUUACUCCAGCUAUUUCCUACAAGCAUCAACAAAAUCAGGGUGUUUGUUGGCUGCCUUUUCCUCACCGCCACAUUAAGGAAUUUUCUUAAUUGUUUCUUUUGUUGCUGAGCAAUUUCCAGGUUUAUCUUCAGUUAUACUGUACACAGCCUUAAAGCAAGUAUUUUAUAUCUCUAUUUUUGGGUUACUGAAUGUUCUGUUUCCUGACUCCAGAGUAUUUUUUAACUGUUGCUCCUGUCCAAGUGUCCAGAAGAUUUCCUGACGAGUUGGUGGCUGUCUCUGAGUGCAGGCAGACACUAAAUACUGGGUUUAAGUGUAAAACAAAAGCAAACAGACAAAAAAACCAGAAAUAUCUGGGCUUGCCCACCCUGUGAGGAGGUGAGGGGUGCCAGGAGGGUCAGCAUCACACCAGUGGGUGACUGGGAAUGCCCUCUGUGCUCCCAGUGCCAGCUGCUGGGACAUGAGGAGCAUCCAUGGCCGGGCUGUGCAGGCUGAUCCCUGGACCAGAGAGGGUUUGGAAAAGGGAGGAGAAAGAGGACAGGGCUCUGCUCUGCAGCCAGCCUGGGAGAGCUGGGAAUGCUCCCCUGGAGAAGGGAAGGAUCCAAGAAUCCUCAGAGCCCUGCCAGGGCCUGGAGGGGCUCCAGGAGAGCUGGAGAGGGACUGGGGACAAGGGAUGGAGGGACAGGACACAGGGAAUGGCUCCCACUGCCAGAGGACAGGGAUGGACGGGAUAUUGGGAAUAAUCCUUCUCUGGGAGGGGGGGGAGGCCCUGGCACAGCUGUGGGCUCAGCCAGGUGAAGCACAGGCUCCAGGUUGGGUGCUCCAGGAAAAAGGAAUGGCUGCAAUGUCUCUGCUGGGUGCUCCUGGCUCCUGCAAUUCCUGGGGACGUUUCCACAGCAGACCAGCACAGGUUGGAUCAGUGCUUGUGUAAAAAUGCUUAUUAAAA